CAAUUUCGUAGGCUCAAUUCCAACACAGAUAGGGGAAAUUCAUGGUAUCAGGUCCAUAUCAUUAUCAGGAAACAAAAUCCAUGGUCCAAUACCUGAAUCAUUUUGCCAAGCGACUAACGUUCUCCAGGUUCUUGAUCUCUCUAAUAACAGCUUGUCAGGCACCAUUCAACGUAAUUUGGGAAACUGCAAAUCUCUCAUUUACCUUGAUCUUGGACAAAACAAGCUCAUUGGAAGUGUUCCGAAAGAACUUGAACGCGUUACAAGCCUUCGUUACCUUGACCUGAAUGGAAAUGAGUUUGAAGGUUCUUUUCCAACAGUGAUUGAAAAGUUUCAAGGUUUGGAGAUUCUGAACUUGGCAGGUAAUAGAUUUGAAGGAAGGAUACCAAAGUUCAUCGGUGAGCUACACAGUCUCCGUAUACUCAUGCUUGCAUCAAACUCUUUCAAUGAGUCUAUACCGGAAGGGGUAAUGAAGUUGGAAAAUCUACAAUAUAUUGGUUUGUCCAGGAACAAUCUGUCUGGUCCCAUUCCCGAGAAUCUUGAUGGCUUGAAAAUGAUGAUGAAAACACAAAAUCAAACAAUCAUCUUAGGUUAUUUUUACUCCCUCAAGUUCACUGGUGCUCAGCUAGAAAUUAUCACCAAAGGACAGAGACAUUUUCUUGUGUCAGUGUAUUCCUACAACAGUGGAUUUGACGUCUCAAGCAAUGCUCUUACUGGUAAAAUCCCUGAGAAAAUUGGCCUUUUAAGUGGAAUACCAUUCCUGAAUCUCUCACAUAAUAAUCUUACCGGGGUUAUCCCAACGACUAUUGGCGAAAUGAUUUCCCUCGAGUCGUUGGAUCUCAGCUAUAACCAACUAACAGGUGAAAUUCCAGUGACCUUGGCACCCUUGGAUUUUCUUGCAUAUCUCAACUUGUCUUAUAACAAUUUGAGCGGACGGAUUCCAAGAAAUCCACAUUUUGACACUUUAUAUCAAGACGGAACAGCAUAUAUCGGAAACAAAUACUUAUGUGGUACUCCUGAUGGGAUGAACUGCAGUAACAAUGGUCCCUCUAUCAUCACUGAAACUACAGAGAACGGAUACGAUCAAGAAAAUGUCCUGUUUGUUUUAGUUAUAUUCUCGGGAUUUGUAACAGGAGUUGCUGGUGUAUUUCUGCUGUUACAUUUGAUAGAUGAGAAUUGGAGGAACAGGUAUUGGAGUGCAGUAGACAGAAUUGUGUUGAAAAUAGUGAACUGUAAACUAUGA